AUGUCCGUCGUCGGCAUGCAGCCCGCAGUGCGACCGACGGCCCCGUCCCGCAGCCUGCUCCGAUUCCUGCGAUGCCAGACCGAGGCCGUGCUGCACGCGCCCGCCGCCGGUGCGCAGCUCUGUCGGCGCGCGCGGGAGCCGGGCUCGCCCGCCCGAGGGGGCAGCGCCAGAGGGGGCAGCGCCCGCCUCCUGUCGACGGCCUGCUGGCGAGCCCAGGCGCAGCCGAGCCCCGGCUUCUUCUACUCGACGGCCUAUGCCACGCGCAAGCCUGGCGAGCCCGCAGCCCCCAAGCGGGAGCGCGCGGCGACAUGGCAGGAGAGGCUCUGGGGCAGCACCGCGCGCAAGGGUGCCAAGCCGCUCAAGCCCGAUGACCUCCCCUCGCACGAAGACCUCGCGCCCUCGUCCACCAUGUUCAACAGCCGCCGCGUCCAGACGGCAAAGGCGGCGCUCGAGCCCAGGCUGCGGUGCACCGAGGUGGACGAGCACGGCAAGGUCAUCUUGGUCGACGGCGAGUUCAAGAAGACGGAGCUCAUUGCCAAGUUUGGCCUGCUCCCCCGCGACUUGCGCAAGAUCGAUUCCUCCAACCUGCCUCACAUCCUCGUCCGCCCCUCAGCCAUCCUCCUCAACCUGCUCCACCUCAAGGUGCUCAUCAAGCACGACCGCGUCCUCCUCUUCGACGUCUACGGCUCCAAGACGUCGUACCCGCAGUCGGCCUUCAUGUACGACCUCCAGGGCAGGCUGCAGCAGAAGCCGUCGCAGGGCUCCAGCGGGCUGCCCUACGAGUUCCGCGCCCUCGAGGCGGUCCUGACGUCGGUCACGUCGGAGAUGGAGGCCGACUUCGAGGCGGUCCGGGAGCCCGUCAUGCACAUCCUCAGCGAGCUCGAGGACGACAUCGACCGCGACAAGCUGCGCGUCCUGCUCAUCCUGUCCAAGCGGGUGAGCACGUUUGAGCAAAAGGCCAAGCUGGUGCGCGACGCCAUCGAGGAGCUACUCGAGGCCGACGACGACCUGGCGGCCAUGUACCUCACCGAGAAGACGCACGACCUGUACCGGGGCAUGGACGAGCACACAGAGGUGGAGAUGCUGCUCGAGUCGUACCACAAGCUCACCGACGAGAUUGUGCAAGAGGCGGGCAACCUGGUAUCCGGGAUCCGCAACACGGAGGAACUCGUCCGGGCGAUUCUCGACGCCAACCGCAACUCGCUGAUGCUCAUGGAGCUCAAGUUCAGCGUGGGCACGCUGGGGCUGGCCAUGGGGACGUUCCUGGCGGGCCUCUACGGCAUGAACCUCAACAACUUCAUCGAAGAGACGGGGUGGGGGUUCGGGGUGGUGACGGGGACAUCGAUGGGCUUUUCGCUGCUCGUGUGCUGGUACGGCUUGGCCAAGCUGCGCAAGGUGCAGCGCAUCAAGAUGAUGAGCCACGAGCACCCGCACCUGCCGCGCGGCCUGGCCUUUCGAGAGGACGGGGCGCUCGGGCUGCUCGACUCGCGCAACCGGGAGAUGCUACGGCGCGCGCACAUGCAGCGAGCCAGCUGGGCCACGGCGUCCAAGAAGAACUGGCUCAGAGCGUGGAGGUGA